GUAGAUGCCGUUUCACCCCUUUCCUGUCAAUUCUUUGAAUUUCUCACACACACACACACACAUGCUCAUAUAUGCGCUCAUAGGCUAUAUUUUUCUCACAACGCAAGCUGAAGCGCACAUAACACGCUUUAUGUGAAAUAAUUAUAUACCAUUAUGGUAGGGUACUGUCCAAUCUGUGGGAAGCCUGUCUACUUUGGUGAGAAGAAGAGAUCCUUAGGGAGGGACUACCACCCUCUUUGCCUCAAGUGUCAAAAGUGCAACAGACAGCUUACAUCUGGACAACAUGCUGAGUAUGACGAGAAGCCAUAUUGUUCCCACUGCUACCUGAAGAUGUUUGGUCCAAGAGGUAACAGGUGACGGAUUUUGCCAUGGCACAGUGCAGCUUGCUCAGAGACACCAGAAUGAACCAACACGGGCAAAUGCUGACAUAAGCUAAAGACAUGACAAGACAGGUCUGGAUUAUUGGCCCAAAAUCAAGACUAAAUAGAUGGAUAACUAUGAAUGACUGACAGAUAUCUAACCGCCUGUCCGCUUUAGUUAUCUAUCGUUUACACCUCCACAAAAUGAAGUAUUUAUAAAUGUGUGAUGACCACUUGAUUCCAUGUGUAGGUGAUUGUUCACUUUUCUAAUGCUAAUUAAUAUUGAUUGUAAAUUGUAGGUCUGUAUAAAUAAAUGCAUUUUCUAACAUGA